GGUGUCCUUGCUAGCUUCGAAGAAGGGGGUGACACUGCUCGAGAUGGAGGGAAAACGACAGCAAUGGAAUCUCAGCGAUAUUUUCUGGAGAAAUAGUUAGAUUUGUUAGAAUAUUAAUAUGGUCUAAAAACCUUUCUUAGCCGGAAUUCUUAUUAUUUUUUUUGCGUGGGGACAAUGUCAGUUUUAGUUGUAAAUCCACGCAGGAAUCACGGGUGGUGAAGCUUACAUCGCCGCAUACCUCCUUGCAUUGAUAGUAAUGUAAUUAUUACAUUACUGCGACCAAAGCCUGCUCUGUGGUCCGACUUUUUGUACCCAGAUAGUGCUAGCUUUGGUGGAAAGAUCUGGCGGCGGUGUACUUACUGUAAUUACUGCAUGGAGGAAGCAGACAUACAGACAACAAUCUGAACAGAAACACAGUCUCCACCAUGUACCUUUCUGAACACCAGAAGAUCUGGAACAUUUGAAACGAGAAUAAAACAAACUAACAAAACCCACAUUAACUCAAAGGGUUCUAUAAAUCCAAGUGAAGGUGGUAUUGGAACGAAACAGACCUCUAUCAACGCCGACAUGGCCAGUACUCAGACGAGUCUGAAAACCACAUUCAAAGAUCUGACCUCGUUCAAGGGCAACAUGAAGCGGCUGUACCGAGAGAGGCUAGAGGACGCGCCCAUCAAGAAGAGGCUGAUGGCUGAGAUGAACCUGAAGCGACGCAGCCUAGACACCCUGCCCCAGACCCCCAAGGUGAAGAGAGAGUCUGGGGAGGAGCACACCCAGCACCGGGAGGCAGAUAGAGGCAUGGAUAGAUCCAUAGAGAUGGACAGUAGAGGGGAGCUCCAGGUAUGUGGAGCCAAGGCUCUGGAUCUCAGUCCUGGGCUGAAACACACACUGGCUGCCUUCACCCUCAGCAGCCAAAGCUCUCUGGGGGGCCCAGCAGCCUUCUCAGCCCGCUCCGGCCACGAAGCCUCCCCCGAGGUCAGCCCUGAUUCCUGCCCCAGCAUUGCCCCUCUACCCUCCCCACCAGUCCUAGGAGGUGGACCCCUCUUGGUGCCCAGCGACAGCUCCACAGAGUUAAGCCACUCCCUUCUAGAGGGUGAAUCCAUCUCCUGCUUUGCUGUCGGUGGGGAGAAACGCCUCUGCCUCCCCCAGGUGCUCAACUCGGUGCUCCGCGACUUCUCCUUGCAGCAGAUCAAUGCGGUGUGCGACGAGCUCUACGUGUACUGCUCGCGCUGCGACGGUGAACAGCUCCACAUCCUCAAGGUGCUGGGUAUUUUACCCUUCAACGCCCCGUCUUGCGGCCUCAUCACCCUUACCGACGCCCAGCGCCUCUGCAACUCCUUGCUCCGCCCGGGGGCUGCCCUGCCCUCUGACCCCAGCACCAAGCGGCCCGGCCAGGGGCUCCUAAAGGAGACAGAGUCUAGCUUCCAGGUGGAGCACCAGUGUCUAGGGAAAUGCCAGGGUCUGUUUGUACCCCAGUUCUACACACAGCCUGAGGCGCCCUGUGUUCAGUGCGUGGAGUGCCAGCUGCUUUUCUCACCGCAGAAGUUUGUGAUGCACUCACACAAGUCCCCGGACAAGAGGACCUGUCACUGGGGCUUUGACUCUGCCAAGUGGCCGUGCUACCUGCAGCUGGGGAGGAAGUAUAUGGGAAUGCCUGAGGAGCCGCAGCUCAAACUGCUGCUAGAUGACAUGAAGGACAAGUUCCACUACAACAGGACCACUGACAAAAUGGAAGAUGAGGACAGGGACACCCAGGUGAGGAGAUUGCGUCCUCCCGAGCCUCUGGUUUCUCCUAACAGUAAACUGGCCGACAGCGACGCAGCAACCAAGGCUAAAGCCCAGGCUACUCUGGUGUUCAACCGCCUGUUCCCCCACAUUAAGGAAGAGCCUGGCCACCCUGCCAUGGUCCAUCCCAGUCACUUCCUGUAUACAUAUGAUAAGAUGGUGGCUCCUAACGUGUCUCUGAGGGGUCAGCCGGAGGUCAGCCCUGAGGUACUGGGGGUGCUGCUCAAACACCACUACAGCAGGAGACUGACCCACGGCCACGGCGACACUGCUAUGGAUCUCCACGCCUCUCCUGUAGUUGACGAGACCAAGUCUCAGCAGCGUGUCGUUUCCGCUGCCGACCGGGAGCGCCAGCAGCCAGUUUCCAUGGAGACCAGCCCCGGCAACAAGAGUUAUUCUGCUGUAGCGGGAGCUGCGGCGGUAGCGUCAUCGGUAGCGGCGCUGGGGAGUAAAGAUGUUCUGUCUUCAGGCUGUGAGGACGACAAGGACAGGAUCGUAGUGGAGAUCGUUCAGAUGUACAGCAGACAGCAGGAGAAACUACACUCCACCCUGCACAAACAACUGCAUCUAGAGAUGGAGUUGGAGGCGCUGCGUGGAGGCGAGGCGGCCAGGCUGCAGCAGUUGUCUGCAGAGCAGCGUGAGCUGCAGAGUGAACUGGAGGCAGUCCACACUGAGCACACUCAGAAACUGGGGCAGGUGAGGGAGGAACAGAGGGAGUUGGAGCACAGGCUGGAACAGCUGCGACAGCAGAGCUGUGUGUGUGACAACAGCAUACACGCGCACCAGGAGGCACACUACGCCAAUCAGCUGGCAGAGCUGCGUGGGAGGUUGGAUGGUGCGGAAGCUGACAGGGAGGAGCUCCAGGAGGAGUUGAAGAGGGAGCGGGACGCCCGGGAGAAGCUGGAGAGAAUCAUCUCUCAGCUCAAACACCAGAUGGACCAGACGGCCUCUUCCUCGUCUUCCUCGGCCACCACAAUUGCUACAGGGAGCCCCUCUUCAAACCCCACCCCCUCCACACAAGCACCCCACACAGAGGGACACAUCGCAGGCCUCGAGCAGCAGAACGGCCACGCUCAGAAGUAGCCCCUCACGAAACUCCCCUUUUCCAUUUGUCUCUCAACCCCCCCCAAGCGCCCUCUGUUAUGUUCCUCCAACUCACUCCCUCAUCCCUCACCUCCUGCUGGCAGAGACGACAGACAGACAGACAGACAGACAGACAGACAGACAGACAGACAGACAGACAGACAGACAGACAGACAGAGUACUCUGUCCCCCAAGGCUGCUUCUCUGCUCUGUCUCACCCGCUUCCUUCCUGGUCCCUCCCUCGUCUUUACUUCUUUGGAAAAGGAACUGUUUUUAUUUAACAUCACAUGAAUUGAGUUUGAUGUUUGUUUUUUAUUCCUCCUCACACCCCUUAUCCUUAAACAGUAUUUACAUUUUGGGAAGUAUAUGUUUGUUUUAAUUUAUAGUUUUACUGAACAAACUAAUGACUGCUUGGCAGACCGAUAGGAGUUGGGUGUUUUUAGGACCCUUUCCUCCAUCCCUCCCUCCUUCCUUGGACUUGGUGUUUUGUCGUCCCCAUAGAGCCCGGGAAGUCAGUCAGACAGAAAGACGGUUCUCUCCUGCACCACUCGACUCUGUUCUGAACUGUGGUUACACUAGCGCUCAGUCGCUCUUUCUACUACUACCUUGCACGCCAACUGGAGCCAAGAUGGUGCCCGUGUGGGUGCUCUCAAUCUUUGUACAUACACCCAGCCCAGCCAUUCUGGACCAGCUACCAGCCACACACAGCAGUAGACUGCAUUGACAGACAUUAUCGUUUCACCUUGGUUUGUUUUUGUACUCUUAUUCUUGGUAAGAAGAGAAGUUGAAAGACAGAAGUUCUAAAUGUGUAAAACAAAAGUAUAGGGAAACGUAAUUGUACAGAGCAUUUGCAGUCAUUGUUAAGCCUACUGAAGUGAUAUUAAGAUGUAAAGACAUAUGAGUGAUGUGACUCUGAGGACCGCUUAGGUUGUUGUGGUCUGGAACAACAACAAACCCCUGAACUAGUCUGGCUCGGUCUGUUUUGAUAGGACAUGUCACACACACACACCACAUUUCCUUGUAGAAAUCUGCAGUUUGUCCUGUUUUAGUUUUGAUUUCCCUGUUGGCAGCUGUUGGUGUGUUUGCCAUCCUCAUCUCUCCUUCUCGUGAGGGCAGCAGAACCUAGCUGUCUGCUUGGUGGAAUGUGGGUCACAGGUGAAUGGAAUUAGUGCAGAUUGACAGUGUGGUGUGGGCUGGCUGGCUGCCUUGGAUCCAGGCCCCUGCUUCCUCCGCGUUUUUCCAACUCACUAAACAAACAGAUCCCGAGAGGGAGGAGGGAAAGACCAGGAUGCAGGGAGGGAGGUACAGUUAAGCGGAGAGAAAUGGAGGCGGGGGAAGAGAGGAGUGAGAGAGAGAAAGGAAGGGGAUUGAGGUAGUGCAGGGGGCUGAUGCCCUCUCUCUCUCUCUCGAGCUGGGUGGGCCGGGUGCGGGUGAUGAGGAGGAGAGAGGAGCCUCUUUUGUCCUGUAGGAAUUGGGGCCAUUUCUAUGGUCUGGGGCCUCUCUCUCUCUCCUGCCCCCGGGGAGCUGGUACAGGAGCCCCUCUCUCUGCCCCACACACACAUCGCCAUCUCUCCCUCCCACAAACGUACACACAGAACUGGGGUUUUGUCUAGUUGCCAGACAGUCUUUCUUUUAUAGCCUCCAGGCAGAGACAGGCAGCGUGUAAAAUCGUUGUUUAAAAGAGGUUUUGGCCUUGGCUUUAACUACAAGCUGCUUUUUUUGUGCAUCUGCUGUACAUGCAAGUUGAUAGACAUUCCACUGUGCUCAACCAUUCAAUGCAGAUCUCUAAAGAGAAUUCCCUACAACAUACUCAAUGCUCUGCCAGAGUACUAAAGUAUAGUAGGUCUUAUUUUGUAAUCGAGUUUCAACUAAGCUACAUAAAGUUAUUUUCACGAGGAGAAAAACGACAACGAUGAAACUAACACCCUUGGUGUGUGACGUGAGGUACACUCGCAUGCAGAAAAAUCCAAUCCAUACUUGCAAAUGUAUGCUCUCUUACCGACCAUUGUUCCAUAUAAACCUUCCUUGGAAAUUGUAAACAAAAGAAAUAAAUAAAAAUAUAUUUAAUGUAUUAACUAAAGAUUUAUAUUCACUUUGUACAUACAUUAGUCAUUUAAUAUAUUUACUGUGUUGUUAUGGGAUGAUCUUUUAAAGGUUAUUAUAAUAUUAACUAGGCCAGGCCCGAAGCUCUAAACAGCCCUGAUGUUUUUGUUAACUCUGAAUUCUUCAAAGAUUCACUUAACUUGUUGUUUACCCUGUUAAAGGGUCAAUACGCAGCGGAGUGACUUCCUGUUAACACAUUAUCAACAACCUAAUUCCAGAUUGACACUUGGCUCUUAAAAAAAAAAAAGGGCCAUGCCUACAUUGGGACUAACCAAUAGUGGCACAUUUGAAUUUGUUGUCGCUCUGCUGUGUACGAUGAUAUCAUAUUGCACCUUUUUAAAGGAUGUAAUCUUGCUGUUGGGAGUUGAAAUGCAUGGUGUUCAGAUGUGACCACCUGACACAGGACAGAGGUCAGAGUUGAAUAGGAAAGAAAGAGCGUUGUUACAGCACUUCCCCAGAACUCAUUGCUUUCAUUUAGUUUCUUUUGUGGAUGAUUUCACCUUGAUAAGACUGUGUAAUAAUGAUGUAUAAUCUUUCUCUCUUAAUACCUUCCCCUUUUGUACACUAAACCCUCAACCCAGACAAUUUAAAAAUGCACCGAACAUUUGUUUAGAGAGAAAAAAAAGAAACUGAAAACAAACCAAACUAAAGUUUGCAUAUACCGAGUGGAUCGAUACCCCUAAGUUGUUUUGUUAGGUGAAUUAUUUUUUACUUCUCACUGAGCCACUCAAUUGAUACGUUUUUGUAAAAAAUAAAUAAAAAGAGCCUGUCCUAAAUGGCACUCUAUUCCUGUAGUGCACUAUAUAGGGAAUAUGUUGCCAUUUGGGAUGCCACCAGUGUCUCCAACGUACAAGUUGUUGACCUGUCUCACUACUACAUUUACAUUUAAGUCAUUUAGCAGACGCUCUUAUCCAGAGCGACUAGCAAGGAGACGCAAUGGCUGAGGGCAUCUGAGCUAGUUUGACCGUUGAAAUAUACUUCUGGCUUUCGAAGAUGGCUAAAUAGAACUGAAGUCCAACUACUUAAUCAUACCAUACAAAUGUAGCCUCAUGAGAUUCUGCAAUGAUGAGAGAGAGAAGUGUGUGUGUCGAGUUUGUCUGACUGACUCUAUGCCAUCGAUUUGAAAGUGACCGAAGCACAGUAGCUAUGAAAAAGCGAGAGACUUAUUCUCUAGCACUGUGGUUGUCCUCAUUUUUGUCCAACACACAGAGACAAUUGUCCUCUUCGGGGUAUAGAGUCUUUAACUGCAUUGUGUUGACAUCACAAGACAAAUCAGUAUUCAGUUUGUUAUCACCAUAAUUACCUAUCUCUACAGUCUACUGCAUUUAGUUUUUUAACAAUCGUUCUGGGGUAUCUAAUGUAUUUCUGUGUUUUAUUUGCUGUCGGUGUAAAUGGAAUGUUAUAUACAAGAGGGCGCUCUAUAUUGACUGUAGUUAAAUGUCAAAAUAAUGAUAUGAAAGACACAGUGGGCUGGGCCCUCUUGCAUUCGCAUUGUUAUGAGAACUAACGUUGUGUCCCAAAAGGCACCCUGUUCCCUACCCUGUAAGCAACCCUAUGGGCCCUGGUCAAAAGUAGUGCACUAUAUAGGGAAUGGGGUGCCAUUUAGGACAGAAACCUAAUAUUGAUGUGCUUUGUACAGAGUUUAAAAUAAAAUAAAAAAUGUUUUUAGAGGGGUGCAUUUUACUCAACUCACUACUAACUAGACCAUUACCAUUAGGCUUGGUCCUGGCCUUGCUUCAGAAGCACAGCUCAACAGUAACUAUCAUUUCCAUUUUAUAUAUAUUUGACAUGCAUCCCCAAUGGAUUGUUCUCAGACAUAAAAGGAUAGCUCAGCAAAGAAUUUAAAAACAUUUUGAAAUAUAUACAAUGGCUCAACUUUCCCUUUUAAUGAAGAAGGCGAUGAAGUGUAGAAGUGGCGCUCUUUAACAAUGGCAACAAGUUAUUUUGGAUGGGUGAUAUAAUGCCAGAUCAAUUGUUUCCAAUUAUGCUUUGUAGUUGAAUAUUUAUUUACAAACACCCUUAUCUACAAGCGUGGGACCUGGACAUUACACCCUGUCCUAGCUAGGUCCCAUCUUGUUAAUGAUUUCACAAAAUGGUUCUUAAUAUUAUGUGUGCCUGGGAUAAACAUGCCAUGUUUUCAGUUUAAAGUUAUUGGGCUACACCUGACAAAUCAUAGUUUAAAGAAGGAAUGUUAUCUUUUUAUGGCUUUUUAUUCUUCAGAAACCUGUAUGGCAGUGAGUGUCUAUGUAUGACCAUUGCAUACCAUGUUGCCAACAACGAUACAGUGUGAUUGAGACGUUUUUUUUUUUUGUUGUUGCAUGAAACGAGACACUGUUCUCCUACCUCAUGUUGUGAUAUAAAAUGUUUUUUAAGCAGAGGACACUGCGUCUUUAAUCGUGGAUCAUAAUUGAUAUUUCCUAGUAAAUGAUGACGACAUACCUGUACUUGCUUUUAGCGAAUACCUCAGUUGUAUAUCUUGUGUUGUUUUUUUUCUCCCGCCCUUAUUUCACAUCUUGUAAAUAUACACUGUAUAAACAAUGAACUUGGAUCACGUUCAAGUAAAGUUCUGUAGUGUCA